AACGCCCUGUGCACGGUGUCCCUGGGCAUGUUCUUGUCAUGGGACACCCGUGCGUCCAGGUGGCUGCACGGUGUGUGCUGGUGAACAGCAACAGUGGUGCCCACGCCUGCGCACUGGAAGAGAAAGUCCUCCUUUGCUAUCCAUGGUGUGCUCUCAGGCACUCCAUCAGAGCCCUCCCAGCCUCAGGCUUUGCACUUUUACUUCCCCCCCUUUGUGACCGUUCCCUCUUCUCAGAGGCACACCAAAAAUAAGGUUGCCACAGCAAAAGCAUGAGCAAAAAGAGGUGAGAACUCCACCACAAAAUUUGCAGUAGUGCUGUUUUAGCAUGUUUGGAUGAGUGUCUGAACACGCGAUAUGUCAACUCUGAAAAAUUAUCACCAAGAUGCUUCAGCUGUAGCGUGAGCAGAGAAAUAGACCAAAUGUGGCAACAAGUAUCUGUUGGAUGUGAAGUGGGAGUUGAAAUGAGAAGGAAAGACAGGAGUUGUGGUUGUGUUAGGGAUGUAUGUUUAUGUGCAGCUCAGGGGUGUAUAAAAACGUAUUAAAUGCCAUAAUGGAAGCCGGGGAGGCCACAGUGUUAGACUGCGUAGAUCUAAGCCUCUUUUUUUUUUUCAUUGGGAGGGAGCUUUUCUUAUUCAAAACAGCCCCACAAAAGACUUCCAGUGAGCCUUGCCACAUCCCCAUCUGACUUGGGGCCAUUCAUCAGCCUUCCAAGCCUAUCAAUGACAUGUCCCCAUCAGGGCUCCUAUAAAAUCAGCCCCUUUCCCAUGAAACAUCAGCAAACAUUUUGACGGGUCUGGCUUUCCCCCCGCUGGAUUUCUGGACUCUCUGCUCCCCCCCACCCCGUUCUCCCUUAUUCCCACCUCCCCCCUUUGCUCUGCCAUCACCACCCCUCUCUGGGCGAACCUCAGAUCCUCAACAUCUCCUGUGACGGGCAGUGGUCACGGAAACACUGAGCGAGUCAAGGGGAGAGCCGCCGAGGAGGGUGAAACGUGCACUAAGCCAUUUUCUUGGAGGAGCCAGUGUCGUUGAUGGGAAGAGGAUGCAUUGCGGGCUGCUGGAGGAGCCUGAUAUGGAUUCCACAGAGAGUUGGAUUGAAAGAUGCCUCAACGAGAGCGAGAGUAAGCGAUACUCCAGCCACACGUCUCUGGGGAACAUGUCCAACGAUGAACAUGAAGAAAAAGAAAAUAACAGAGCCUCUAAACCACAUUCAACACCAGCGACUCUGGAAUGGCUAGAGGAGAACUAUGAGAUAGCCGAAGGUGUGUGUAUCCCCCGAAGUGCCCUCUACAUGCAUUACCUAGACUUCAGCGAGAAGCACGACACACAGCCUGUGAAUGCAGCGAGCUUCGGAAAGAUCAUAAGGCAGCAGUUUCCAGCACUAACCACCAGAAGACUGGGGACGAGAGGCCAGUCGAAGUACCACUACUACGGGAUAGCUGUGAAGGAGACCUCUCAGUAUUAUGAUGUGAUGUACUCCAAAAAGGGAGCGGCGUGGGUGAACGAGACUGGGAAGAAAGAGGUCACGAAGCAGACAGUGGCAUAUUCACCGCGCUCCAAACUGGGGACGCUCCUGCCAGAGUUUCCAAAUGUCAAAGACCUAAAUUUGCCUGCCAGCCUGCCAGAAGAGAGGGUGUCAACCUUCAUCAUGAUGUACAGAACGCACUGUCAGAGGAUACUGGAUACUGUUAUUCGAGCCAACUUUGAUGAGGUCCAGAGUUUCCUGCUGCACUUCUGGCAGGGCAUGCCGCCCCACAUGCUCCCUGUCCUCGGCUCCCCCACGGUGGUGAACAUCGUUGGAGUUUGUGAUUCCAUCCUCUACAAGGCCAUCUCUGGAGUGCUGAUGCCCACCGUCCUGCAGGCACUGCCUGAUAGUUUGACUCAAGUCAUUCGAAAAUUUGCCAAACAGCUCGAUGAGUGGCUUAAAAUAGCACUUCAUGACCUUCCUGAAAACCUGAGAAAUAUCAAAUUUGAAUUGUCGAGGAGAUUUUCUCAGAUUCUGAAGCGGCAAACAUCAUUAAACCAUCUAUGCCAGGCAUCGAGGACCGUGAUAAACAGUGCAGACAUCACCUUUCAAAUGCUGGAGGACUGGAGGAAUGUGGACUUGAACAGCAUCACCAAGCAGACACUUUACACCAUGGAGGACUCACAGGAGGAGCACAGGCAGCUUAUUAUCCACUUAUAUCAGGAGUUUGACCGUCUACUGGAGGAGCAGUCUCCGAUCGAGGCCUACAUCGAGUGGCUGGACUCGAUGGUGGACCGCUGUGUUGUCAAGGUGGCAGGGAAGAGGCCCGACAUCCGGGACAUGACCCUCCACAGUGCACCCAGUUUUGGGUCCUUCCACUUGAUCCAUCUCAUGUUUGAUGAUUACGUGCUUUACCUGCUGGAGUCUCUGCACUGCCAGGAGAGGGCCAAUGAGCUCAUGAGGGCCAUGAAGGGUGAGGGCAGCACAGCAGAGAGAGAGGAGGAGUUAACGCUGACAGAAACCACUCCUGCUUCUCCAUCUCCAGAAUCCUACUCUCCCGCUCGGUCAGUCCACUCUGUGGGCGUCUCCUCGAACAGCUCCCCCACAGCCGCCGUGUCCCCGGAGUACACCUCAGUCACAGCCAGCACAGGCGCUGUUCAGUCAUAUACCUGGUCCCUUACAUACACAGUGACAACAGGCGGCUCAGCUCCAGAGGCCGGACAGCAGCUGCCCUGUAUGAGGAGCAGUGCUCCAGUCCCCCCUCCAUCUUCAGCCCAUCGGAUGCCAGUCUACAGCCACAGAGAGGAGCAUGGGUAUACUGGUAGCUACAACUGUCCUCACUCCAUCCAGAGCCAGUACUCAAGUCUGGCCCAUGAGCCAGCAAUCCCAGCCCCCCUCCACUACACAGCCUACCGCUCAUCUGCACAGUACCAGCUCAACGGCCAGAUGUCUCGCAUGGAGCCGUGCUUGAUGGGCAGCACUCCGCGGUUGCACCCCACACCUGUCGCCCCCCGGUGGCCAGAUGUGUCACCAGCUAACAGCUGUUACACCAGCCCACCUAUGCAUUCAACCCGCUAUGCCACCUCUGGGGACAUGUACUCUCCCCUGGGCCCACGCAGGAACUCAGAGUAUGAACACUCGCAGCAUUUCCCUGGCUUUGCAUACAUCAACGGAGAGGCCACCACAGGCUGGGCGAAAUAGCCUUUAAACGCUGAUCUGGACAGCCGUGUACAAACUCCAGGCCUGCCAAACUGGUGAAUGCAAAGUCUGAACACUUGCAGUUAAGUACAUCAAAAAAGGAGGAGCAGAGAGGGGAGGGUACCAAUGCAAGAUAACAGGAACACAAUAUGGAUGUACUGAUAUUUUUAAAAAGUCUCAUUAUAGUACAUCAAUCACUCUGAUGAUUGUGGUGUAAUUUGUUAAAAAUUUCUUCAGCAACUGAUUGAAGAAGAUAUAAAGAAUCGCGCAGAUUGUCAAAACUUGCAGAAAAAUCAUUUUAAGAGUGCAAUGCUGCUGCCAAGCUGUGCCUUUGUUUUUAGGAAUGUACACCUCUGCCAGUUUCCCUUGUCAGUCUCACAAGUCAGUGCACAGAUCACCCCACCAACCAACAGUCAGUAGUCAGCGGCUGAAGGAUCAGUGUACUUUAAGCUGUCACUGACAUCAGUACAAUCUCAGCAACACUGCUGCCUUCUCUUUUUGCUCAGCACUGUGCAGCAUUUUGUCAUGGGCCUGUUGCAGCAGAUAAAUCUUGUCUGCCACAGAGUGAUGAUGACCUGUACUGCCUUAACAUUCUCCUGGGAGACCACAAACAGUGGCACAAAGCCAAAACAUCAUAAGUGACAGUUAUAGACUCAUGAAAGACUUUGGUCAAUGUGUUAAGGUGUCUUCAUCUUGGAUAGCCUUUUUAACGGUUGAAUGCUGUGACUCAAAAACAACUGUACGAGUGUAUUUUGUUGCAAGCUUUUCUGCUGUUUUCCUGUGACAUCAAACAUAGAUAUAUAUAUAAAUAAAUAAAUAUAUGUACAUAGUAUGUAUUUUCUGUAACUUUGUAACAUGGUGUAUCCUUUAUUUUCUAUGUUACUAUGUUCUCUGUUUUGUAUGGUUAGUAAAGGACGCAUUAACCUAGGGUUGUGUGUUUUAUAAUGCACUCAAAGCUACUGAGGACCUAUUACCCUAUGGGUAUUUAUAAAAAUGGAAAAUAUCAAAGUGUACAGUAACAUGAAGUCUAGUCACUUUUCUGUAAAUAAAAGCACUGAAAACCGUCUGUCGUGACUGUUAAACGUUCACAGUUGAAACUGAUGUGUAUGUGGGAAAAAUGUUGCCACAUAAAUAAUUUCACAAUCU